CUGUGUAUUUUUCCGCCGUUUCGAUGCAAAACAGAGCAGCAGUUCCAUAGUAACGAUGACGACCAGAUAUAACAAGCCGUCCAUGGGAGGGGGUCAGAGAAAGAAGACCGGGCCCAAACCAGAGCUGACCGAAGAGCAGAAACAAGAGAUCCGAGAAGCUUUUGAUUUAUUUGACACAGAGGGCACAGGAACAAUAGAUGCCAAAGAACUUAAGGUGGCAAUGAGAGCGCUGGGAUUCGAACCCAAGAAGGAGGAGAUCAAGAAGAUGAUCACCGACAUAAACAAGGAGAACACCGGGACCAUCGACUUCAAUGAAUUCCUUACAAUGAUGACAGCCAAGAUGAGUGAAAAAGACUCAAAGGAAGAGAUCUUGAAAGCAUUCAAGUUAUUCGACGAUGACAACACUGGAAAAAUAUCCUUCAAGAACCUCAAGAGAGUUGCCAAGGAGUUGGGAGAGAACCUCACUGAUGAGGAGCUGCAGGAAAUGAUCGAUGAAGCUGACAGAGACGGCGACGGUGAAAUCAACGAGCAAGAAUUCCUACGGAUAAUGAAGAAGACGAGUCUCUACUGAGGAUCUGAAAUACAAGUAUUGCAUUCCGUGGUAUUCCUUAACUGUUUUGUACAUGUACAAUUAUUUAUAGUUUGCACUACUAGUAUACUAGGUAGCGUGCAAUAGAACUUUAUCAUAUCACUGCCAUCUUGGGUUUUCACCAUAAUUAUGACCGAAUUGAGACUGGAUUGCCAAAACCGUCUGAAGCCUACUUCUUCAUGUAAGUUCAUGCUAUUAUUGUGUCUCAUGGGAUCUGACAUUAAGGAUGGUUUGAGUGUAAUAAAUUGAUGGUUUCAGUCUGUAUUCAACCUAUAGUUGUCAACUAAUUGUAAGCCGGGCAGAUUUAUAUUUGUGCAGCCCGCACUUUUCAUGAGUAGGCAAAUGUUCUGCAGUGGACCAAAACUGUUUAUGACAAAAUUAGAAUGUUUUAUUUUUGGGGUGCUGCUUCUGCAAACAUGAUGUAUGGCAAAGAUGAUAAAAAGACUUCAACUGUGUUCAUGCCCCUUUGCCUGCAAGAAGCAAACACACAAAAAUCGUCCCAAAAGAUUUCUGUAGUAAGACUCUCGCUGUUAGCUCAGGGUAUGUUUUGUGUCAAGUACUACGACUAUUGGUUUGUACUAAGAUCUAAGACUCUUUGCUGCUCAUUUCUCAGAAACUUACUUUCUGCUUUCAAAAAAACAGCCCACCGCACAAAGGCCAUGAAGCUUUGUGAGGUAUGGUGGACACACUAUGGUGGCACUGUUUGGUUUGGGUAAAUUUCUAUACACACAAACCUAACAGCGCGCUCCGAUUGUGUCCACCGUAUCUCAAAAAGACCAGAGGAACGCUAGCAGCUGCCGUUCAGCGAAUGCCUCGUUAAUCUGUGAUUUUUUUCAGCACUACUUCGCAAUAGAUGUUGCAAGUCAGUCAUGUAUUUGUUUAUUUGAGAACCUUGCUUUCCCAUGUACAAUGCCAUAAGGUAUGAUGAAAAGAAAUGGACAACGGUCAAAUACGCGCAUGACUUGCACAAUCUCUUUUUUCUAUGGGGGGGGGGGGCGUCAUACCAAAGUAUGAUCCUACGUUAAACAAGAGAUCAAAUGAGAUAUGAUUUCUUAGAUUGCACUGUUUACUUUAGUACUCGACUUGUUUUAAAGCCAUUCUCAAGAUAAUAGCAUAAACUUUUACCACACAUUUUGUUGACAUUAUUGCACGAACAUCUUUCAUUCAAGGAUUUUAACUUUUUUGUACUGAAGUGGGUUUUUGUAGUAGUUUUCAUUAAAAAGUAAGCUCCUAUAAACAAAAAGGAGUUCAUAAUAUCUAUUGACCUUUUGCGCCAAAUCACCUGCGGCUACUGUCUCUAUAAUUUUUGGAGUUAAAUUGCACCUACAAUUAUGUGGGCGCUACACUGUAAAACACACAGGGACACCGACUCUCCAAAUGGCUCAACCAAGUUAUUGUGGUGUUGAUGUUGGGUGAAUUAGGUCAAAUGCCAAUCUCUGCAUCUCCUAAAAUGGAUGCACAUUUCUGAUUUUGGUAUAACAGAUUCAAAACUGCUGGUGUCAGAAAUAUAUUUCAAAUUUAUGAACCAGUUUGUCCAGCUAUUUCUCAACCACAAAUGAAAAACGGUUUACUGUUUACAAACACAAGCUUCUUGGAGUGUUCUUUCUAACUUUCACUUUUGUCCAUAGUGGUUUCUUUUGUAAUACGCAAAGUGUACCUAUGAUUGGAAUGCUAAAUCUAUUGUACAUACUUAAUAAUAAUAAAUUGUACUGAUUUUCUGUAUAUAGUUCUGUGAGUCAGUCAUGGAUAAAUUAGUCUGUAAAUGUACCGUCUGUAAAUUGUAUUCAGACAAAAUGAGUGUUAAAUCAACUGAUUUUGUUUUUUUAAAUGUGUGUAAUAGAUAUUAUUUCAGGGACAAAAGAUUGGUAGUAGCUUGUUGUACUGUACUGCUAGUUACAGGAUUCGACCUGGGCCCAAUUUCAUAAAGCUGUUCAACAGAAUAUGUAGUCUUGGCCCAAGAUGACUAAGAUCGAUGGAGGAUAGUGUAAUACGCUCAGUUGUAAAUCGCUAAAGCAUGCUCUCUUAUGGUAUGAUGUAACCAACUUAACUGGCUCGAUUGCCAGUCAAGCUCGCCAGUCGAGAUGGUAAAAUCAUACUGUAAGAGGGCGCUUUAGCGAUUUUACAACUGGGCAUAGUUAACUAUCCACUAUCGAGCACUUAUGUCUUGGGCCAAGACUACAGAAUAUGCUGCUCAGCAAACAAAUUUGUUGAGUAGUAAGAAAUUAGUGGGGUACCGGUGGCAACAGUACAAACUUUAUGGAAUAUUGGCUGGUAACCUGUUUCUGCUAAGUAGGAUUGGGCCCAGACCUCUCAUCACUUGGUUAGCUCGGCAGUUUAGCUGUUUAGACAUAUUGGGUGGAUUUCACAAAGAGUUAAGACUAGUCUUAUCACGAGUUAGGACGAGUUAUUCGUCCUAACUUAGGACUAGCCUUAGGUUUGUAAUAUCACCUAGGACUAGUUCCCUAAGCUAGGACUAGUACCUAAAUCUUUGUUUGGUUUGGUUUCAAUCUGACCUGAGUUGCCUUUGUUUUUAUAUUUCUACACCUCAGAAGUUCACUGAGUACUGCUUGUCACACACUAACUCUUCACUUAAAUGAAAUCAACAUUGGAGUGUACUUGAUAGUAACUAGUUUGUGAAUGUCAACAAUUGUUAGUAUAUUAAAAGUGAAUAAAAUAAACAUUCCUAACAUUUGA